GGUGCUGAUUGGCUACAGAGAAGAGCACAUCAGAAUAGCAAAUGUUCUUCCCUGUACGAUCAUUUGCAAGCAAGGACACAAAGGAAGCUGUCAGUGAUGUUGGAGACACUUAAAAGUCCUGGUGAUUCUGUGGUCUUAGUGCCAUUGUGACUCAAGCUGUAACUAAAAUCAGUCCAAUGCAACAGGAGAUUCAAGAACAGCAGCAGAAAGAUGAUGACUUAACUGAAUGGAACAAUAAGGCACAUGUUUCCAAGAAGACCUCUCUAUUCUUAGAGUAGAAGUUUCCCUUCAAAAUGACAAGUGGUUCAAACCCUUCAGGAUCUUACUUGCCUUCAAAACCAAGAUGUUCCAAAAUAGAUGAGAACUACUUGAAGGAGCUGAAUGAGGACCUAAAGCUAAGGAAGCAGGAACUGCUAGAGAUGCUAAAACCUCUUGAAGAUAAGAACAAUCUCUUAUGCCAGAAGUUGAUGUCUAACUUGGAGGAAAAACAAAGAAGUCUGCAGAUUAUGAGGCAGAUCAUGGCAGGGAAGGGGAGUGAGGAAUCCUCAGUCAUGGAGCUCAUUAAGGAAGCAGAGGAGAUGAAGCAGAAUCUGGAAAGGAAAAACAAGAUGCUUCGGAAGGAAAUGGAGAUGCUAUGGAACAAGACAUUCGACACAGAAGAACUCGGUGGUCAACAAAAAGCACCGCAGAUAAAAAACAAAGCAGACUUGCACGAUGGGAAGGUUCCUAAAACCCCUUCAUCAUCUAGGAAGACCAAAAAUGAACUGGAGACAACAUGUGCAGAGAAAGUGAAGGAGAAAAGGAAGGAAAAGCAACAGAGGAAAAUGGAAUGGGUCAGGUAUCAGGAACAAGCCAACAUCCUUCAGAAUGACUUCAAUGGCAAAGUGAUUGAGCUGAGAAUUGAAGCCUUGAAGAACUACCAGAAGGCCAAUGACUUGAAAUUAUCCCUAUACUUACAGCAGUAUUUGGAACCAAAGCAAGCAUAUUUUAAUCUUCCUGGGUCCCGAGAUACUAUAAGCACUACAACUAUGGACAGAACAAGUACCAGCAAAAAUGAAUCUAAUGUGACCACAAGAAUAACAGGUUCUGCAGCCCUGACAUGAUUAGUUUCAUAUUCUCCCAACUGAGCUACCUGAGUAUGUAAUCCACGUUCUAUUUCAAGAAAGUCACCUCUGUACUUAUUUAGUCCUUGUACACUUCAACAGUCCUGAGGGACUUUCCUAGUCAUUUGGAUUAGACAGAACAAUGAGAACCAAAGUCAAGAAUAUAAAUAAAAU